AAUCCGAUUUCCCAUCGCUUACAUUAGUUUUAUAAGUUUCUUACGAUGACCUCCAAUGAUGACAUGCCCGAAAAAGAAGACCUUGAGGACAGUUCCAGGAAGAAGCGGGGCAUGCCGCUGCAUCAGGUCAGCAUCGAGUCGCCCGGCCCCACCAUGAAGGGGUGCGUGUUCAACUUUGACGUGCCGAUGCCGGAGGUGCCGCCGGCCGGAGCCCGUGUCAAGGUGAUGUGCGCAGGCGUGUGCUACCGCUCCAAGCGGUCCAUGUCGGUGAACAGCGCCGCCUCGCUGGCCUCCAUCGGCUCCGACGGCUCCAGCUGCAGCAACAAGGGCGUCCGUGACACCUCGCUCUUCCCCGGUAGGUUUGAAGUGGCCGGACAGAUUGAGAGCUUCGGCGAGAAUGUGGACCCGAACUGUGGUCUGAAGAUCGGCGACAAUGUCAUCGUGUAUCCCUACGUGGGAUGCCCGGACGGGUACGCCGAGUACGUGCCCGUGGAGGACGUCAAGUACCUGGUGAAGGUGCCCGGCUCGGUGUCGAUGCCGGUGGCCUCGAUGCUGCCCAGUGGCGGCCUGUGGGCGAUGAACACUGUGUUCACCGCCCGCCAGUACGUCGAGAGCAGCUGGCCGAGGAAGGUGAACGUGCUGGUGGUGGGCACUGGCGGCCUGGCGCUCUGGGCCAUCCGGAUCGGCCGCUUCUUCUUCCCCGAGUGGACGGAGGGACAGUCGGUGCGGCUGACCGUGGCUGUGCUGCGCGACGAAGGCCCUGCAGAACAUCACCGACCAGGAGGAGCACAAUUGCUGUGCCCGUCUCUGUCGCGCGUCGCCUCAUGUCGCGGCGACGUGCCGUGUCGAGGAGAGGUGACUCAUGCUGUGUUCGGUUGUCGCAGCGCCGGCGAGCAGUUUGAAUCGCCGGGGCUACACGGGCGGCUGAACAUCGUCCAGUGGAGCGAGGACUGUUACGAGAGCCAGCUGAUCGAGCGAACCAUCAACGCCUGCGAGGGCCGUGUCGACCUAGUCAUCGACUUCGCCGCCAACCCGCGGUCGCUAAACCGUUCCCUCAAAUGUCUAUCCAAGGGCGGCGUGAUCGUGAUUGGAGCGGAGACGGCUCAGCGCUACGUCAGCCGUUUCGAGAGCGUGGCCCAGGCCAACGAGCAGACGAUCGUGCCCGUCGAGAUGGGCUCCCUGGACCAGCUGCACACUCUUCUGGAUCUCAUCGCUACCAAAAAAGUGGAGCCUCCGCCGUACAACCUGUUCCCGUCAGAAGAAGCUGAGUCCGUCUUCAUGAAGCUGGGCCGCGCCAAGAUUCACGGCCGCGCCAUCCUGCACUUCGAGACGAUCCCCGACGCGCCGGAGACCUGAGCAGCGCCGUCUGUGGGUCCGGGACGACGCGGACAGCGUCAUCUGUGGAUGUGGGACAAGACCGACAGCGCCAUCUGCGAGGCGGGCGUGCUAGCGACGCGCCGCGGCACGGCCGGGCGGGCAGCGGCGCUUGUGGCUUGCGUUUGGCGCCGUGCACAGGGCCGGCUGGAGCCAGCCGCUAUUUAUCCGCAUCGAGGACUUUCAGUAGCGACUCUGUGUACCUUAUUCCGAUUGGGUGUAGUCUUGCGAGGGUGUGACCGUGCACGGAGGCGUCCGCGCGUGAGGCGUCUGCCUCCGUAUGAACGGAAUGGGACGGUGACGGACGGCGUCUGGCUGGUGGCGCCUUGCGGUGAUGGUGAAUUGUCGAGAGGACAGAGUCUUGUAACGGCAGAAAGACGUAAGUUUGCGUAGCAAUCGAUGUCUGCUUGCUAAGUGCGUGCGCUUUGUUUUGCGCGCGUUUAUGCAGGUGAACCGGAUUCUGCCUGCACAGCUUCUAUUUGCUUUGAGUCUCAACAGUGUAUUAGAGUGUGCGCUGACUCCUUAGAACUAACCUGGGCGGCAGUUGUGCAAAUGGGACCGACUGAAGCAAGCGUUAGGAGCUGCAGAUGUGUACUGAGGUAGGCAGUAGGUAGUUGUUAACGCAAAAUUCGAUGGUCCUGUUGCCGGAAUGCUACAUUUUGGCGGAUAAGAUCAUUACCCAACUUCAUAUCCGGUAGGUGCCAUCGAAAAUCUGUAUUGCAAGGCAUCGCAGCGAAAUAUAUGUCGUAAGUGAAUACUGAUAACAAAAUAGAAUGAGGCGCACGGCAGGCUGA